AUGAGCACCAGCAGCACAGCAGUCACAACAGCUGUCACACCCAUCCCUAGCGAGGAUGUCAUUGCGAGAAAGUUUGACAAUUGUGUUGCCGAUUUACUGGUGAAUAGUGGUAUCGGAUUUGGAGUAGGGGUCGUGGCUUCUGUUCUCUUGUUCAGGCGUCGAGCUUGGCCAGUCGCUCUCACGACGGGUUUCGGUGCUGGCGUAGCAUACACCAACUGUAACUAUUCCCUCAAUCCUUAUGUUCUACCCGGCACCAAGAUCCUCCCCGCCUCGCGACAAUAG